AUGACCGCCGUCUUCUGCCCCAAUGCCACGCACAAGCGCGUGCCCCCCAGUGCCACCUCCAACGACAAGAAGCAGCGCAAGAGCCGACGCAAGUUCGACCUCACGUACGAGUUCCUCUCGCAGUACUUCCACAUGUCCCAGAAGGAGGCGGCCAAGUGUCUGAAGGUGUCGGUCAUCACGGUCAAGCGCAACUGCAAGCGCUACGGCUUCAAGUGGCCCUACCGAGCCAACAAGUACAAGGCCGGCAACAGACCCGUGCUGUCCGCCAAGGGCCAAGCCUUCAAGCAGCUGCCGCUCGACUGCAUGGAGGAGGAAGUUGAGGAGGUGAAAGAGGAGCUGAGCGAGGACGACACCGACACGGAGAGUGUAGAGGACACCGAGCAGCUGCAGAAGAGCUACAGUGCUAUCUUGCUGACGUUUCGCAAGGCCCCGAUCGAUGUUUGA